GUAAAUAUUAAUAACAGGAGUGAAUGUCUUCAUUCCUCUUCAUUGAGUAAGCGAGCAAAAUUCAUUAUUCUUACUGACUUACUCAGUGAAAAGCAGCAUAUCAGCCAGAGAGGUGUUGAAGAUAAGGAAAGCUGGCAUGGAAAGCCCCUCCCAAAAAACAUGGCUGAACAAGUCAUUCAGGAAAUAGAUGACAAAAUCCAAAAUAAGAAAAAGCUUUCUCCAGCCCUCCCGGAAGAAGAUGCACCUGUAGUAAAUAUUAGAAACAUUAAGAUGCCAUCUCCACCAACUUACAAAGUGGGAGAAAAGUGGGCUACCCGCAAAGCUUACGGUGUUGCACUUGCAAAACUGGGCCAUGCUAACGAUCGAGUGAUUGCUUUGGAUGGAGACACAAAGAACUCCACCUUCUCAGAGCUUUUUAAGAAAGAACAUCCCAGUCGCUACAUUGAAUGCUACAUUGCCGAACAGAACAUGGUGAGCAUUGCAGUUGGUUGUGCCACUCGUGACAGAACUGUUGCUUUUGCCAGCACCUUUGCUACCUUCUUCACACGGGCGUUUGACCAGAUCCGUAUGGCUGCCAUCUCCGAGAGUAAUGUCAAUCUCUGUGGGUCGCACUGCGGUGUUUCUAUUGGUGAGGAUGGGCCAUCUCAGAUGGGAUUGGAGGAUCUGUGCAUGUUCCGGGCUGUUCCCAAUGCCACUGUGUUUUACCCUAGCGAUGCUGUAGCCACUGAAAAAGCAGUGGAAAUAGCUGCCAACACCAAGGGCAUUUGUUUCAUAAGAACUAGUCGUCCUGAAAAUCCUGUCAUUUACAACAACAAUGAGGACUUCCAUAUUGGACAGGCAAAGGUGGUUCUGAAGAGUAAGGAUGACCAAGUGACUGUGAUCGGAGCAGGAGUCACUCUGCAUGAGGCUCUGGCUGCAGCAGAGCAGCUAAGAAAAGAAAAAAUCUUCAUCCGUGUGAUUGAUCCCUUCACUAUAAAGCCCCUGGAUAAGAAGACAAUACUUGAAAAUGCAAGAGCGACCAAGGGCAGAAUCAUCACUGUUGAGGACCAUUACCAUGAAGGUGAGCUGGGUCCAGGAG